AUGCUGCCGAUAUUGAAAUUCGGAGCUAAAUAUAUUGCAAUAACUGCCAUACGUGAAUUGGAGGACAUCAUACCUCAAACAUCAAGUUUUACUGUGGAUCUGUACAGCUCGCUUUUCAUGUCUGUUUGCAUGUCAAGUUCUGUAUCUUUGAUUUUGUCUGUAUCCUUCAUUGUUGCUGACUUGGGACUAACAUCAUUGGAAUUUCGCGAACUUCGGGUUAAUGCAUUUGUCGUAGUGCAAUUACUCAAUCAACAACGUAUGUCUCAAGAUUUGUCGCAGACUGGUUCACCAGAUUUACUCGCAAUGAUCCUUGCAGUGACGCGAGAUCCCCACGCUUAUAAUAUAGUCUCAAUGCGUGGUGUGCGAUUGCAUGCAUGUCUUCCGCAUCCUCUUCCAGAAGAUUGUUCCAAGCAACUUCAAAUUCUCGCAGCAUCAGGAUUAUAUUGUCAAAACGUUGCGACCAAAAUACGUCCUAUUCGCCGACGCAAUCUAAUGUUUUUUUCCAAAAGUUCUGUUCAACCGGUUGAGCUUAACCUUGUGAAUGUUUUGACGAAACAACAGACUAAAAGAAUUGCUAAUAUUCCCAAAGUCUCUGAUGUGAGAACAGAAAAUGGCAGAAGGUCGGAAUAUUUAGUUUUACAAGGACUCCAAUUUCUAUUUCAUUGUGAAUAUUUGGCACUAGUGGAAUACAUUGAAUGUGUUGUUCCGAUCGUAUACGUCAUUUACAAGUCAGUGCUCGAAUUACUUCCAAAUGUCGUUUACUUUCCUGGUGGUGCUGGCAAGUGGGCGCAAGUUUAA